AUUUCUACCUGAUUCUACCCAUUCCUACUCACUUCUACUAUUGUAAUUAUUAUUCUUAUCUCAAUAUCGUUGACCACCACAGACCUAUUUCAUUCCAUUAUUGCGCAAAGCGUUGAAGUAGAAGUCACAGCAAAAGUUUUUCCGCAAUUUCAUCUUUAAAAACAUUAGUGCUGCACUAAUAAAACGCUAAUUUUUGGUACUACCGUUUGUAUCCAAAAUGCCGGCCAAAGCAGUCUGCGUAUUGAAUGGAGAUGUUAAAGGCACUGUUUUCUUCAGCCAAGAGAAUGAUAAAGCCCCAGUGGUGGUGACAGGAGAGGUGUCAGGCUUAGCAAAGGGUAAACACGGUUUCCACGUGCAUGAGUUUGGUGACAACACAAACGGCUGCACAUCUGCUGGGGCCCACUUUAACCCCAACAAGCAGGAGCACGGCGCUCCCAACGCCACCAUACGCCACGUUGGCGACCUCGGCAACAUUGAGGCCACCGCUGAUGGUGGAGUCACCAAGGUUUGCAUCCAAGACUCUCAGAUCUCCCUGUGUGGACCCAACAGCAUCAUCGGACGCACCCUGGUGGUGCACGCCGACCCUGAUGACCUCGGUAUUGGCGGGCAUGAGCUCAGCAAGACCACCGGCAACGCGGGCGCUCGCAUCGCAUGCGGUGUCAUUGGCCUGGCCAAGUCUUAACUUGCACAAACCCGAUAUUACAUCCCUUGGUGUAUGUUGAUCCAAAUAUUGGCUAUAGAAUCUGGCAAACAGUUGCAUAUACUUAAAAAUAAAUUCUAUAAUUAUUCUCGUUGAAAUUGUCUACUUAUUUAUUGUCUAUGCAAGGAUGUGUAAUAUUUGGACCACAUUUUCACAACUGUUGUAGGUACUGAAUCUGUCAUUAUAAAUGAAUAUAGUCUCACAUUAUUCAUUUAAUGCUAAAAUAGAUUUGUGCAUUCCUUGAAGCAAUACUAUUGCUAUAAUCCAGUGUUGGCGGCCCCCUCGGUGAGGUGUAGGGAACAUUGUUGUUUGAACUGUAUGCUUAUUUUGUUUUCAAUAAAUAUUUAUAACUAGAA